GCAGCCCAUGCACGGCUGCGGCAACACCUGCAUCCACAUUUUAAUAAUCAGACAAUCACCAGUGACAGGCUGCUGUCUGCUGUUCAGAUGUUGGGAGACAAAGCUCACGGUGUGACUUUGAAGGUUAUGGAGUACACAUAUGAUGAUGACCUGGAAGAGCUGUGUCCUGUGUGUGGAGACAAAGUGUCUGGAUACCACUACGGUCUGCUCACCUGCGAGAGCUGCAAGGGCUUCUUCAAGAGGACGGUGCAGAACAACAAGCGGUACACGUGCGCGGAGAACCAGGAGUGUAAAAUAGACAAGACGCAGAGGAAGAGAUGUCCCUUCUGUCGCUUCCAGAAGUGUCUCAGCGUCGGGAUGCGGCUAGAAGCGGUGCGUGCGGAUCGCAUGCGUGGGGGGCGGAAUAAGUUUGGCCCCAUGUACAAGCGGGACAGGGCCUUGAAGCAGCAGAAGAAGGCUUUGAUACGAUCCAACGGGUUCAAGCUGGAGAGCGUGGCCCCCCCGCCGGCCUCCCCCCUACAGACUGACUACAGCUUCACCGGCACCCUGCACAGCCUGCCCACCAUCUCCAAGAGCCUGCUGCCCUCCACGCCCAGCUCCAUCACGCCCACAGACUACGAGGCCAGCGUGUACGGGCCGCCGGCGCUGGGCAUGGCGGUGCAGUCCCACGUGCCGCUGGCCGCCCAGUACCAGUACGCCGCCUUCCCCGGCAGGGCCAUCAAGGCCGAGUGCCCCGACUACACCAGCUCGCCCGAGUCGCUGACAGGAUACCCCUACCCCGACAUGUACCCCUCGGCCUCGCCGCAGCCGCCCAGCCUGCCGCCGCUGGUGCUGGAGCUGCUGCGCUGCGACCCGGACGAGCUGGCGGUGCAGAACAAGAUCGUGGCUCACCUGCAGCAGGAGCAGGGCGGCCGCGGCCGCAUGGACAAGCCCAGCACCUUCAGCCUCAUGUGCCGCAUGGCGGACCAGACGCUCUUCUCCAUCGUGGAGUGGGCUCGCAGCUGCAUCUUCUUCAAGGAGCUCCGGGUGGGAGAUCAAAUGAAGCUGCUCCAUAACUGCUGGUCUGAACUUCUGGUCCUGGAUCACAUUUUCAGACAAGUGCAGCACGGAAAGGAAGACAGCAUCCUGCUGGUGACCGGCCAGGAGGUGGAGCUGUCGUCCAUCCUGUCCCAGGCCGAGGUGACCCUGUCCGGUCUGGUGCAGCGGGGUCAGGAGCUGGCGGCCAGACUGAGGGCGCUGCAGGUGGACCGCAGAGAGAUCGCCUGUCUGAAAUUCCUCCUGCUCUUUAACCCAAAUGUGAAGCUGCUGGAGAACCAGGCGUUCGUGGAGGGCGUCCAGGAGCAGGUGAACGGCGCCCUGCUGGAGUACACCCUGUCCACCUACCCACAGUUCCAGGACAAGUUCAGCCAGCUGGUGGUGCGGCUGCCGGAGCUGCGCUCCCUCAGCACGCAGGCCGAGGACUACCUGUGCUACAUGCACCUGAGCGGAGAGGUGCCCUGCAACAACCUGCUCAUCGAGAUGCUGCACGCCAAGCGGGCGUGCGUGUGA